AUGGACCAGCAGCCACAACCAUCAACAUCUGCUUUUGCUCUUGAUUCUGGAGCAAAAAAAGCUGCUACACGAAGUCUUUUUUGUGCCUCAACUGCCACAGCUAGGAAAAGUAUUCCUAUUAGCUGCAGAAAACAGGUGGAAUUACUUCUAGCCAUCAAAACUUCACCUGAAGAAACUCAGAAAUCUGUAACGCUGAAGAUUUCCAGUCCCAAUCCAUCCAGAUCAAGUCCUAGAUUACAAAAAAGAGAGAAAGGCCAGUCACUCGUUCCAAGCAGUGGCAUCAGAAAACUAAACUUCUCCGAAAACACGUAUGUGAAUAAGUUUAACUGUUCACAAGUUAGUCCAGAGAAAGUUGAAGAAAUAAAAACAUCAAAAUAUCCUGUUGUUACAGUUGGACCAUUGCCUAAGGAAUAUAUCCACCUAACUUCACCUUCACCUAAAAGACACACACCAUCACUCAAAAAAACACCUGAACAAAGAGAUUCACCAAGGCAGGAUGAGGCAAAAGAUGGAAACUCGGAAAUGCCAGAAUGCAGUUCAAUCAAAAGUGAACAUCCUCAGCGAAAUAUAUUUGAUGUUUUUAAAGGAACUGUCACACAAAUUGAAGAACAGGCCAAUGAGAAAGAAUCCAACACUCUUCCAUGUGCUACCAAUGUUCGUUCUGUGAAAGAGGUCUCUUCUGACAAUCCUGAUAAAACUAGUCUUAUUGAAAGGUGUGUAGAUGCUAAACCCAAGCCCAAAACAAAUCUAGCUUUAAAUGAAAAGUCUCUAGAGCUGAUUCUUGAACAUGUCAUAUUUGCCAAACCAGGCGUUGCAGGUAAAGCUAGAAAAAGCAUAACAAAGAAAGCCAGUGGCAGUGGAGUUCAAGAUACUACCAUCACAUCAACUCAUGUUCAUGAUGUUGAUUCAAAAUCAUUGGGAGUUGCGCCUAUCAGUGAUCAAUCCUCUGCAUCUUCCUGUGAUGUACAAUCUGAAGUACAUUCUCAACUUGCCAAUGUGUAUGAAGAUGCCCUUGCUCAUACAACUGUCACUGAUGACAAUACACUGAUGAUUAGAUCUGAGAAAUUUGAACCUUUAAGCCAGGUUUCCAACAUACAAGUUUAUGACAGUGCUGAUGACUUCAAAGAACAGCUGUUGGAUGCAGAAAAUAUUGAUGAGAAUAAAGUUACUGCAGUGUCUGUCUCACAAACUAAGAUUACUAAACAGGAUAUAGAAGACCUUUUUCCCACUAAAGAUACCAGUCCUAAUGAUGAUCCUGACAAUGGUGUCUCUUUGAACGAAUUGAAAAAUGACAUUCCAGAGGUUCUGCUUUGUACUGAAACAAUGCCAGAUGGUGAAUUCGACAUAGCAGUACGUGCUGAUACGGAGGACCGGUUGACGUUGCUGAAAGAUAAACAUCUCCCAGAAUAUAAAUGCUUUGUGUCCGCAGAACCUUCUCUAGAAGUGUUGCCCAGUUUUGAUGAGAAUGAUUAUGGUGAUGAUGAUUAUAGUAUGGAUGCAAAUGAUGAUUUAUCUCUCCAGGAUUCCCAGUUGCAGACUCCAGAAAAAAGAUUUCUUGCAACAGAAAAUAAUCUUGAGAAAACUCCUGAAAUUGAAAAGAUUAAACCUGAUUUUGAUGAAGUACAGGGAAUGUUAUUCAUGUCUUUCUCAAGUAAAGAUGCAAUGAGUGCCCACAGUAAUGUAGAAGCUGCUGCUCGCAGACAAUUAGGUGUGAAGCAUGUUGACUUCCUGAAAGAUAUUUCACAAUAUCAUGCACUGGAUAUGCAAAAAUGCCAAGACAAGAUGAAAGAUAAACCAAGAAAAGGUCUUGGAAACAAUGAAUAUCGCAGCAUGAGAGGAAUUCAUAAGCGCAUACGAAAAUAUGAACAGAUGCUGAAGUGUGAAUUAAGAAAGAUCAAGAGCCAUAACACGCUGCAUCCAGAUUUGAAGAAAGGAGGUGUUAGUCUGGAUGAAGGAUUAGUUGUCAGUCUUAAUUUGAAAGAUCUAGGAAUAGAAUUGAACCCUCCACCACAAAUUCAGUCACAAUCUUAUGAUAUACCUGGUUAUGUAUCACCAAAAGGAAAGACAACUGAUAUUACCAAAAUUAAGGGAUGGCGAAACAAAUUUGGCAUGACUGAAGAUGAUGAUGAAAAUGACAAUGAGUGCACUCCAAGGCAGUUAUUUACCGAGCACAAUAAAGAACCAGGUUCUGUAGAAAAACAGAUUGGAUUGAAGAAUUUAGUGGAAAGCAUUAAAAAGAAGAAUAAAAAAAAGAAAGAUGCCAGUGAUGAGUCAAACAAACCAUUGCCACAGUCUGCCAGUCCACAAAAGAACCCAGUUGGUGUAGUAGAAAAUGAAGCCUUAAAGAACUUUGAAAAAAUGGUGACAACUUCAAAAUCAGCCUUUGUUAGCAACACACUUGAUGCAUACCUGGAGGAACAGCAGAAGACCAACACAGAUCAAGGUGAAAGUUUCAAAAGCCCUUACACUCACCCACUUCUUCAGAGUAAGACUAGUAGCGUAACUUUCAAGGUACCAACAAAACCUGCUUCUACUCAAAAAAUUAAAACUUUGCAGUCUGUUUUGGCUAAAAAGGGAAUCACAUUACCUGCCUUCAGUUCUAAUGGUCCUCGUACCUCUGUAUCAACUAAGCAGCAAGCGUCUAAAGGUCGACUAAUGUCCAAACUAAAGGAUAAGAUUAACCGUUCAACAACAAAAUCUUCCAAAGCAAUUCUUAAUAAGCAAAGUUCUAAAAGUCCUAAGAAAGACCAUCCAGGAGAUUGUAUCCAUGAACAAAAGGAAAACGGUACAGUGUCUUCAACAGAAAGAGAUUCUUUUCCAGAUGUGAUGUAUUAUAAAGGCAAUAUUUUAGUGAAGAACACUGCUGAGAAAAAUCGCAAACUUCUGACUGAGGGGACAAGAUUUAAAAUUAUUGAUAGUCGUUUGGUACAUCAAGUGGAAACAGAACCUGUCAAGACAUUGACUCCCAUUCUGCCAAAGAAAGCUAAAAAAAGAAAAGUAGCACCUGACAGCAUAGGGAAAGCAAAAGAUAAUGUUGUGACGGUGAAUCAAGCUUUAGCAGCUGUGUCUGCACUGGCUACUGGUGAGCCUAUGUUGGACGAAGAACUUGUACUCGGCUCUACCACACAGAUUCCUGUCACUAAAAAGGUCAAGAAAGUCAAAUUAAAAAAGACUGAAAAAAUGGUGAAGGUGAAACCAGCAGACAAAAAACAAAAACAACAUGGUAUUUUGGUGAGUAGGAAGGAGGCUGGCAGGAUGGAUGCUAUUGAAGAGGAAAUCCCAAUCCCUCAAAAACCAGACGAACAACCCCAAUAUGAUCCACUACAUAGCAUGGUUUAUGCAAAACCUGUUAAUGGAACAUUGAUCACUGUUUCAGAGUGCCAAAAAGAUAUGUGUUGCUUUGGUUGUGUUUGUAGCAGCAUUAAUAAACCAUAUAUUAAAAUACCCAAAAAGGAUCAUUGCGGAAAAGAAGAAUGCAUGCUAGAAUGUCAGUGUGCUAGAGAACAGUAUGAACAUCGAAGUACUCGAAUUAAAAAAAGACCUUCUUAUUUCAAGGAACAAGGUAUGCUGUUUUAUGAUGGUGAAGGCAUGUUUUUUCAUGAAGAGCCAAAAAACACUAAAGUCCUCUGGCAGGCUGCAACUUCUCAACUUAGCCAACUGAAUGCUGUUUCAAAGAGACAGAAGAAAGUGCAGAAAGAUCCCAUUGUUGAUGUUGUCAAUACAAUUCCACCCUUGAACGUUAAACUUAGUACAGGGAUUUUGUAUCAACGAGAAGAAAGAUAUAGUGAAUCUGAAUCCAGUGAUAACAGUCACCAGACAUCAACUUGUGCCAGAUGUACCAUCUAUCAUCACAAGAGACGAACACGAUGUAGAUGUAAAAACUGCAGAGCUCACGAGAAUUCAACCUUUUCAACCACAAAACAUUCAUUAAGUAAACCUGAAGAUGGCCAGAAAGAAAAUAAACCAGUUACCAAGAAAUCAGAAAAAGUCAUUGUUACCAAAUGCCUCUCAACCAGUAGCACAAGUGAUCCAGUUGUCAUAAGUGUUCGCCAGUGCAUUCAGCCUCUUCUGCCUGGUAGUUCAGUUACAGAGAAAAUUCCCGACACCCAAUCACAGACUACAUAUUGUACUUUAGGAAGUAUAUCUUCUUUGCAGACAGUAUCCCAGCCUACUCAUCCAGUAGUUCCAUUGGUUGAUCAAAACAAAAAAAUAGUGACGAAAGAUCAAUCCACUUUUAAUCAAAAUUCAAGUCACUCAUUUACUUCCUCAAAACUGAUUGAAGUUGUUGCUGAUUGUGACUGGAGAAACAGACAGAAGGAAAUUAUGGAAUGCAUAGCCAGACAUAAGGGAACUAGUGGGCACAUGCGAGUUGGAAAAUACAAAAUUGAAAUCUUGCCUCAGGGUUCAGAAAUUAGUCGAGGGGAAAAACUAAAGACAAACAAGACAACCCAAGUUGUACCAACAAAUAGUCAAAAAGUUUUAACUCAGGUUGUUGCCCCAAUAAAUAUGGCAGUGUCUGAUGUACCAAAUGAUUUGCCAGUGCUAACAACAAAAGGAAUUCCUUCAACUCAAAUCAGUGUUCAUACUGGAAUGACUAACAAUACUCAGACCGUCACUGUACCAUUUUCUGCAGUACUUGCUUCAAAAGAAGGAACAAAGAAAACUCUUAAACCUGGUCAACUUAUUACUUUCAAGCAAGCAGACAAAGUUUUGGUUCCAUCUAUUGUUUCUAAUGCAACUCCUGCCAUAGGUUCUGAAUCUCAUCUCAAGUCAUUAAACGAGAUGACCACACAAUCACUUGAAACAUUUAAAACAUCUACUUCAAUGUGUCAGUCAAAUUUAUCUACAACCUUGACUUCUGUCCCAGUGACAAGUACACCAACAUCUGUUUCUGAGAAAAUACAGCCAGAAAUACAGUUAACUUCAGUGGCUCUACCUGGAUCAUCAACAACAGUGAUCAGUCAGUCAGCUUCGUCAAUCUCUUCAGAAUCAAUGACAACAACCUGCAAGACAACAGUUAAUUCAACUACUACUCUGGCAUCUUCUAUAACAGUUAAUUCAACUACUACUAUGGCAUCUUCUACAACAGAUGAAAUACCUAAUCAUUUAAGAGCUGUACCUCUUCCCACUGCAUUAUUGACAACAGCCGCACUCACUAAGUCAGCUUGGUCAACAACAGGUGUGACUUCAACUAUUCAGUCAAAAAUGUCUGAUGCUCCUGUGAGUACCUCAGCAACAUUCAUAGGAAUUCCACAUCCCUCAGAUGCAAAUAGAACUGUUCUUUUACCUCUCCCAACGAGCAGCUGUCGCUCUGAAAAACAGUUUGUCGUCGCUGAUGGAUUAAGUAAGUCCUCCAUAUCAUCUACAUCACUACCAAAGAUAUUGAAUAAUAAAGGUGAACCAGUCAAUAUUCCUGUUGGGGCAACUAUACUUCUCCCAACCAGUGUGGUGGGAGAUAGACAAGUACUGAAACCUUUGAAUGUGGUUGCCCCAUACCAGAACGUAAAACCUCCAAAGAAUAAGUUAAUAGUUCCAACUCUUGAUCCUAUAGAAGAGAACAAAGUUAAUCAUCCUGUAGUUAGGGUGUGUAUAGAUGAUAUUCCUAAGGGUAUUACUAUGACGUAUAUCCCAAAUACAUCUGACCAAAAUUUUGGUGUUGCAACGGAUUCAAGUCGUACACAUAUUAUUCUGAAAAUGGAAAAUGGUUUUCAAGUUGACACUGGGGGCAUAGUUACUCCAACGACAAAACAACCACCAAGAACAGCAUCAGUAGUUUCUCAGAAUGUUUCAUCAUCUUUACUUGGUUUCAGUAAUACUGCUGUUUGGUCAAGAACAGGUACUCCUUCAACAUUAACAAAUGUGCAACCACAACCUGAUGCAGUACCAUCUCCAGCAGCAUCUUCAGCUGCAUCAACAAAUGCGAAACUGAAUUCCCCACACACACAGCUACCUUUUUACAGAGAUGUUCGUGGUUUUAAAGAAAGCUCUGAAUCUGUUCAGGAAGCAACAAAAGGAUCAUCACCCAUAACAAAAACUAUUACAGCGCAAACUAUUACACCACCUGUGUUGGCAAUUCAAAAAAAUAUUACAGGGGCACCAUGCACAACAACGUUAUCAAACACACCACCUGUGUUUGCAAUUCAAAAAAAUAAUACUGGUAAUCGUGCAUCUUUGGUAAUGGUACCUGUAUCUGCAAGUACUUCCAAGAUUCUCAAGGUUUCCUUAAUACCACAUUCAGCAACGGUGAUGUCGACAACAACAGCAAAUCACUUGAUUUCAAGUUCAAGUAAUCUCUGCAGAACUACAUCACAAAUUCCUACAACGUCUGUUUGUAGAAUAGAAUCUAAUACAACAGACAAACCUGUACAGCUAUCUGCAUUGACUGUUGUAUCUUCUACUGCAGUUGCAUCUACAGAUUCAGUAGUUGCUCUUAGAACUGGAGUGGUGAAACCUUCUGCACAGCAUACUGCAACAUUUACAGUAUCCCAAAUGGGUUCACUGGUACAGAUGUCCUCGAAGAUCUCUCCAACAGUAGAAAAAAAAGAUACUACACCCCAAUCUGCAAGUACUCGUCCUGGUAUUUUUAAGUUGAUAAGACCAGUUACUACAGAAGUCCAGUUGCAGAACCUACCAUUGAGCUCAAGCAGUUCAGAGUUUUCCAAACAUGUUGCUACUUCUGCUGCAAAACAACAGCAUACAACAAGUGUGGUUCAAACGAGUGGCGUACAAGUGUCAACACUUCCUACAUCACAGUGUCCAGUUGUCAAACUGGGAACUGCAAAUUCAUUAGACAAUACGUGUGCAUCAAGUACAGUAUUAGAUAAAAAGUUGACGAACCCAUUUACUGAAGUUAAACCACUGCACAGUACUGCACAGCAGUCACAUAUGUUGACUAUUCAUCCAACACUUCCAAAGACGUCUGCAGAAGUUCAGUCAUGUAUUCAAAUUGUUCCAGAACAUCCAUCUAUUGUUCGAGUGAAAACCGUUCAGAAAUCAUCACUUUCUUCACUCACUCACCCUACAAACACGCAAAUAAAUCUGCCAAGUACCUGUUCGCAAAUAUUUACAAAUGUUAAUUUGGCUACAAGGUCUGUUGCUCAAACAAGUCAAUCCACAUCUGCCAUGCAGCCAUUAGUUCAAUCUACAGAUGAUUCACCACUGAAAGGAGAUCAGAUUCCAGCACAGACCUAUCGUAUUAGUUCAUGUGGAUCUACUGGAGCUAGACACUUUCCAUUUGAAACUGUAAGUCGUUUCAGCAUUUCACACAAACCUUCAGAUGCUAAUGUGGCAGAAGUUAGCAUUAGCUCUGCAACUAAAAAAAAAGAGGGUGUAAAUGAAAGUGAACCAUUGAAGAAGAAGCAGAUUAGCCUAAUAUGUGAAGAAGAAAUGGCACCAUCUGAUGAAGAGUCUUGUAAGUUGGGCAGUCAAAAAUUACUGGGCAAUCUAGAUUUACGUCCAAUCAAACACACUGAUGAAGAUAUGGAUGUUGAUGUUGAAACCGUUGACAGUGGGAUUGUGCCUUUGCAAACAGAUAAUGAUGUAGAUAUUGAGGAAAACAGUGAUGAGGAACUUCAGUCUGUGAAGCUUCAAUCCUUUGUAGGACAGCAGAAAGAAUCAACCAUGGUUCAACAGUGUAUGUUGCAGCAAAAGCCAUCCAAACGAAAGCGUAAAUCACCUGUUCAGCAAAAGAUGAAUUUGAGUGAUGAGACCACGUUUACGGAAACUGUUCGAGCUGUGCAAGUUGGACCAAAGCAGGCUCAUCCAAAGAGAUCUUUUAUCCUGCACUCAUUCAAGGAAAGAGAGAGAAGAUCAUUCAUGAAUGAGUUAUUUAAUAACUUAAAGAAAAUGCUGUGGGGCUAUGAAGAUGAAAGAAUUGCCAAAAAGGCUGUGUUAAUGAAAUGUGGUGCAGAAAUUAAAGCCUUGAAAUCCGAAGGAAAAACUCUUGCAAAAAGAAGACAAGAACAAUAUGAUCACCGCAAAAGACUUUACAUAAAGUUACUGAUGGAGUUAGAGCAAAUGGUAUCAAAUCAGUCUGUGGAUGCUGAACAUAAGAAGACAUUGAUACAAAGAGUAAAAUCAAUGUAUGGUAAAGACAUUCAGGAAUUGAAGCAGAAAGAAAAAGGAAGAAAGCCAAAAGUUGGCCAAGUUGAUGUCUUAGAAACACCAGUUGAAGCAAAUCCUGUCUUGGUAAAUGAACAACCUCGUUCUGAUAAAGUGGUUGAUGGUGCUGUUGUAUGUAAAAAGAACAGUAUGAAAGUGGAUUACAAUGAAGAGUCAGCAAUCCAUGUCAUUUCAGCUAAUGACUUGUCUACUGACACCAGCCAACCAGUUCCUGUCUCUCUCACUAUGGCAACUGAUCAUUAUGUUAAUCACCAUAGCGAAGAUAUCAGCACAACUAGCACACAAGACAAUGGUAGUGAUUCAACUGUGCUUGUUGUUGGUGAUGAUGGGAAUAUCACAAAAAUGAAGAUGGUCACCCCGGAGGAGCCAGAACCCAAACCCAGAGAUGUGGAAAAAGAACUUGCUAAAAUAGUCAAUGAAUUGAACUUAGAAGCUUAUAAACAAGGACCAAGGAUUGUAAAGAUGAAACUGGGUGUGGAUACAUCUGAACCAGUUGCAAUUACUGUCUAUGUUGGUGCUGGAGAAAAAUUAACAAUACCCCCACCAGGAUGCUGCGAGUAUAAUGUAAUUGAGCAUGGAGUUGCUGAACAAUUGAUGGAGGAUAGCUCCAAUCAUAAUAUUAGUGGUAAUGAAGAAGAAGUAAAGACAAUGGAUUUAGAGUCAGAAAUGGUUAUUAAAAUUGAAGACAAUGAUUUUAGUGAGUCAGAGGAACGGGCAGAUUUGGAAACUGAUUUAACGGCUUGUCAGGAUGGACUAGAAACUACUUGUGAUGAUCCAGGCUUGAAGGGAAUAUUUAUUGAUGAUGCUCUGAAUUCAAAUAAUGAUGAUGAUGAUGAUUAUAGUAAUGUGUCCACUGACUAUAUAGAUGGUCGUAUGUUAACAGAACAAGAAGAUAAAAUUGUAACCAGAACUGAUAAUGAGUCUGUUGUCAAGAAUACUGGUAAUGAACAGACAUCUACAGAUAAACCAUGUAUCAAGAGUAUGAAGGAUUCUGAAGAAGAAAAAAGCAACAAUGAUGAAACAUGUGAAACAAACAUUUCUAAUAAUUGUGAUGAGCCUAGUACACCGUUAAUCUCUGUACUGGAAUUUCUGAAGGAUCCAACAUCCGUUAUUAUAGAGGCUGAUCAUAGCAAUAUUGAUCCAGAUCCAGAUUCAGACCUGGAAGAAAAGCCAUUGGUUAUGGAUGAACAGUAA